CUCCCGGCACGGCGGGAGUGCAGCGCGGGUCCCGGGCACGGCAAACUUUAGGGGACCUGCGAGCUGGUCCGCGCAGCUGGAGGGGUGGGGCUGAGACGCCGGGGACGGCCCCACCAUGGCCCAGUGGCAGGAGGUCCAGCAGUUGGAGAAAGUCUACCUGGAGCAGGUGCACAGGCUGUACUCGGAAGACCACCUGCCCAUGGAGGUGCGGCAGUACCUGGCCCCCUGGCUCGAAGACCAGAACUGGAACCGGGCGGCUGAGCCCCCCGCGGCUGAGCCCCGCUCUUCCCAGGCCCACAUGCUCUUCCACACCCUGCUGGCCCUGCUGGACGACCAGUACAGUCGCUUCGGGGCCAGCGAGAACGACUUUGUGCUCAAGCACAACCUGCGCAAAGCCAAGCUCAACUUACAGGCCAAGUACCAGGAGUGCCCGGAGCAGCUGGCCAACAUCAUCGCCAACCUGCUGCGGGAGGAGAAGGCCAUUCUGAGCAGGGGGCUUGCGGCCCAGCAGGCCUCAGCUCAGCCGCCGGCCAGUGCCCCCAUGGAGACGGACCGGCAGCAGAAGAUCGAGCGGCGCCUGGUGGAGGCCAGGGCAGCGGUGCAGGAGCUGGAUCGCGAAGUGCGCCACUUAGAGGAGCUGCAGGACACCUUUGACUUCCGCUUUAAGCUGCACCGUAUGGUUGCGAACGGUGGGUCCUCCAGCCCGACACCUGGCCUCGCCAGACGGACGCAGGCAGGCCGGCUGAAACACGUGGACCGGCGCCGCAAGGACGUGCUGGCCCGGGCACAGGAGCUGCUGGGCCGCUGCGAGACGCUGCGGGAUUUCCUGCUGGAGGAGCUGGCCGAGUGGAAGGACCGGCAACGGAGGGCCUGCAUCGGGGCAGCCUGCGACACCAGCCUGAGCCGCCUGGAGACCUGGUUCACGGGGGCGGCCGAGGUGCUUUUCCAGCUCUGGCGCCUCCUGCGAGCCCUGGGUGAGCAGCACGUCAAACUCACCUACCUGCACGACCCGCUGGCAGCACAGCGACCCCUGCUGGAGAGCCGGCUGCAGGAGCAGCUCUCCUGCCUCCUGAGGAGUGCCUUUGUGGUGGAAAUCCAGCCCAUCAUGCCGUUCCCCAACCGGAGACCCUUGGUGCUGAAAACUGGCAGCAAAUUCUCCGUCCGCGCCAGGCUCCUGGUCAAGCUGCAGGAUCGAAGCCAUCGGCUGGAGGUGAAAAUCGUCCUCGACCAGCAUCCCCCCGACGUGAAAGGGUUCCGGAAGUUCAACAUCCUGACGUCCACCAGCAAGACGCUGGUCCAGGACGAUCCACAGAUGGAGGGGCUGGUCUGCGACUUCCGGCACAUAUCGCUGAAGGACCAGAGGGCCGGGGCCUCGGGCAAAGGCAGCAAAGGUGCCAGCGAGGGGCUGCUUGCUGUUACGGAGGAGCUGCACCUCAUCACGUUCACACUGGACUAUAAGUACCAGGAGCUGGCGCUGGAGCUGCAGACAUCCACCCUGCCUGUGGUGAUCAUCUCCAGCAACAACCAGUUCUCCAGCGCCUGGGCCUCCAUGCUCUGGUUCAACAUGCUCAGCCCAGACCCCAAGAACCAGCUGUUCUUCUCCGCGCCGCCGGCCGCCUCUUGGGCCCAGCUGGCCGAGGUGCUGAGCUGGCAGUUCUCAGCCGCCACCGAGCGUGGGCUGGACAAGGAGCAGCUGCACAUGCUGGCGGAAAAGCUCUUUGGGCCGGAAGCCACCCCCGCCAGCACUCUGACCUGGGCCAAGUUCGCCAAGCCUCUCACCUCCUCUCUGCUGCAGGACAACCCACCCACCUUCUCCUUCUGGACCUGGCUGGACGGGAUCCUGAACCUGAUCCGAGACCACCUGGCCCAGCUCUGGAAGGAUGGGCACAUCAUGGGCUUCGUGAGCCGCAAGUGGGAGCGGCAGCUGCUGAAGAGAAAGCAGAUGGGCACCUUCCUGCUGCGCUUCAGCGAGAGCACCCGCGAGGGCGGCAUCACGUGCAGCUGGGUGGAGCCCGGGGAGAAAGGUCAGCCCAAGGUCCGUUCUGUGGAGCCCUACACAAAGAUGGAGCUGACAUCGCUGCCGCUGCCUGACAUCAUCCAUGACUACCAGCUGGUGGCCGCCGAGAACAUCCCCGAGAACCCCCUCAAGUUCCUGUAUCCCGGCACGCCCCGGGACGAGGCCUUCGGGAAAUACUACACUGAGAGGAGGGAAGUGGACCUGCUGGAGCAGAGGAAGUACCUGAACCGGCGCUUGAUCCGAGUGUCCUCCAGGCAGCCACAUGAGCCAUGGCUCCCGGAGAACAUGGUAGCGGCACCUCCUGCAGCUGAGGGGCUGGCAGCCAAUCACCUGGAGGCGCUGGAGCCGGGCGCCAAUCGACUGGAAGUGCUGGAGCCAGGGGCCAGUCACCUGGAGCCACUGGAGCUGGGGGCCAAUCACGUGGAGGCGCUGGAGCCAGGGGCCUGUGGGCUGGAGGCACUGGGAUUGGGGACUUAUGAACUGGAGUCACUGGAAGCAGGGGCCAAUCACCUGGAGGCGCUGGAGCCGGGGGCCUAUGGGCUGGAGGCACUGGAGUUGGGGGCCUAUGGGCUGGAGGCGCUGGAGCCGGGACCCAGUCACCUGGAGGCGCUGGAGCCAGGGGCCAGUACUCAAGAGAUGCUGGAGGCGCUAAAGCAGGAACUGGACCUGAUGAGCUUUGAUCGGGCUGGCUCCAACGCACUUCGAGGCAGAGACCCCUACCUGCCCCCGCCAGGCGACGCACCCCCCGCUGUGCUGCCUGGCAGCACCUUGUUCCUGGGGGCCAACGACCUGCCCCCACUCCACGUCGACUCCAAGGACUUCCAGUGACAGCGUCUGCCCGUCGCUGGGGGGGCUCAGGGGCUAGGACCUGUUCCCCAGGCCCCCCUAUGUAUUGGGGGGUGGCCCUGGCUCUACCCUCUCCCUACCUUCUGGGUAGGCCCUGGGGCAUCUGUGGUCCCUGGAGCCUGGGGCGGGGGGUUCUUGGGCCUUCCUGUCCUUAGUGGUGGGGGUGCAGGUGGCUCCCCCGGGGGUGAGAUGAACUAUCUCUCUCUUUCUUGUAAAUAAACCUGCCCCCCCCCCAGGUUGCUGUGGUGCUGUUUGGGGGGGGGGGGGCUCCAUGGUGUCUCAUGGGGGGGACCCCUGAACUGUUUGUCCCCCUUGUGUGGGGGCCGUGUGCGGGCUGCACCCUCCUGCUGCCCCGGGGCUGUUGUGCUCUGGCUGGCCACCAGAGGGCACCACACCCUCUCCUACCGUCCGCACCUUCCCCUAUACCAGGGGUUGCAGGGGUGGGGGGGUCCCCACACUUGGAGGGGAGCCCCUGGGUCUUCGCCCAAGCAGAACUCUGCUCCCCCCAGGCCUGGAGCAGGGCCCUGGCUGGUGGCCGGGGCCUGAGCGCUGGGCUGGUUCUGGGGCGGGGGGGCCUGGAGUUGGAUGUGGGGAGGAGCAGGGAGGGCUGAGCCUGGGGGGAGGGGUGUGUGUGUGUGUGUUACCGGGCACCCUCCCCCCCAGGGGGUGCGCUAGGGGCUGGGGCUGGCUUGAGGUUUCCCAGGGCAUCAAAGCUGGGACCAGACCCCAGGUGUCCUGCCCCUCGGUCCAUCCAUGUCCCCCUGCCCCUCAGCCACGCUCCCUCCUCCCAAAGAUGGGGCUGAGCAGAGCAGGGAGGACGGUGCCCCUGGUAAUGGGCAGAAGUCCCUGCCCCUGCCCUGGGAGAGGCCCUGGCCCUGGCCCAUUCCCGGGGAGCUCGGGGGGGCUGAGCUGGGGCAGGAGGGCUGGGUGUUGAUCUCUGAAAUGGUACUGGCCUGAGCUGGGUGGCACAAGGGUGUCGUGGCCCUUGCAACCCCCCUGCUCCUCCCCUACCCUCCCCCCAGUGCCAGCCACGUGGCUGGGAAUUUUUCAUAAUAUUUUGUAUGAUGAUUGUGUGUGCCUCAGUUUCUCCAUGUGCUGCAUAGUUAACUAGGUGCCGGGGGAAAGGGUUACUUGCAGCCACCCAGGCAUGGCUGACACUCGGCUGGCUGGGGCCCAGAAGACAACAGCCCUGGUCAGCGCCCCUCUGCAGGAAGCCGGCCAGGUGGGACCAGCUGGAGAACAAGGAGCUGAGGAGGAGAAGGAGGGUGGCCAGGGGCCCAGCUUUGCCUGGGACCAGAGGAAAGGACGGCGGAGGGCCAAGGACCGUUGUUAAGUGGGGGCUACUGGAAGCCACAGACUCUUCGGGGCUGGGGCUGAGUGUGUUGCGCUCUGGACUGACCCCCGAGGACUUUCCCCUUUUCUGUGCUGCCCCAAGGUGUGUAAUAAACCCCCCGAACAGCA